AUAAGACAAGCAUUGUGCAUAAUAGGCAAGUAAAGUGGGAAGAUAAACAAUAACAAUAUGGCUGAACCAAAGAAUUAUACCAAUCAUGAAAUGAGGUGGAAUCUUGAUGGAAAAACCGCUCUGGUUACCGGUGGAUCUCGAGGAAUAGGGCAUGCCAUAGUGGAGGAACUUGCAAAAUUUGGAGCUAUAGUUCACACGUGUUGUCGCAAGGAAAGUGAGUUGGAGAAGUGUUUGGAAGAGUGGAAAAAGAAGGGUUUCAAGGUAACUGGUUCAGUGUGCGAUGUUUCACAAAGAGAUCAAAGAGAAAAACUUAUUGAACAUGUUUCAUCAAUUUUCCAAGGAAAGCUGAACAUUCUUGUGAAUAAUGCUGGGGUAUUAAUACGAAAGAAGUCCAUAGAGUUCAAUGAUGAAGAUAUUUCAACCCUAUUGGGAACCAACUUUGUGUCUGGUUUUCAUAUUUCACAAUUGAGUCAUCCUCUUUUCAAAGCUUCUGGCAAUGGAAGCAUUGUCUUCAUUUCUUCUAUCGCUGGGGCCAUGGCAAUUUCAGAUUGUGCUAUCUAUGGGGCAACAAAAGGAGCAAUGAAUCAGGUAACAAGAAACUUAGCAUGUGAAUGGGCAAAGGACAACAUUCGUGUAAACACUGUUGCUCCAGGAUUCACUAGAACAGACAUGUUGGGGAGUUUUUCCGAGCCUGGUGAUAAAGAAGGAAUUUUGGGUGAAUUAGUUGAUCGAAACCCAAUAAAACGAAAAGCAGAGCCUAGUGAUAUUUCAUCGGUUGUGGCUUUUCUUUGUUUCUCUGCUGCAUCUUAUGUGACAGGCCAAGUUAUUUACGUUGAUGGUGGAUUUACUGUGAGUGGCUUCCCAAACCCAUCUCCAGAUCAUGAUGAGGACUAGAACUAGAAGAUUAUAUAUACAUAAAUAUGCAGUGUGUGGAUGCAACUCUCUACCUCAAAUAAAUUAGUUCGGUGUCUUUUAUUGGUCGAUACUUAUAUAAAUAUGAAGAAUAAUUAAUAAUAUCUAUGAAACUAUGUUACACUUGCACGUGCGCACAAUAUUAUCGUUUUUUAUGGGAUUUGCACGCUAGAGCAUCUUUAACGAGCUCAUUAAAUUUGAUGUUACACUACUAAUAAAUUGUGUGUGAAAAACUAUAUUUAUUCCAAUUAGGACUACAAAAAUUGUAUUAAAAAAAUAUUUCUUAUUAUUAUAUUUGUUGGAUUAAAAUUUUA